AUGAGCGCACGCGCAACAUACACCAAAGACCAAAUAACAAAAUACUUUGCCCGCCUGGGGUUGUCGGAACAAAAGAGAAAAUAUGACGUGGCUGGUCUGGAUCCCAACGACGCUUUCGAGUACCUUGCACUACUCCAAAAACUGCAGCUAGCAGCGGUACCUUUUGAGAAUAUAACCCUGCAUUAUUCGGCCCAUCAUACCGUGUCUGUCCAUCCUGAGGAAUUGUUCAGGAAGAUCAUUGGCGAUGACAAUGGACGAGGUGGGUAUUGCAUGGAGAACAACAGACUGUUCGGCACGCUGUUGAAUUCGCUGGGAUUCAAUUUGUAUUCUGGUGGCUGUAGGGUCUGGGCUGGUGACAGUUGGACCGGUUGGUCCCAUAUGGUAAACUUUGUCACCAUCGGUGACACCAAAUACCACGUCGAUGUUGGCUUCGGGGCUGACGGGCCUGUUGUCCCAAUGCCUCUUGAGCGCUCGGGUACCAUCCAAAAGCACAUUCAACCUGCAUCGGCCCGUCUCCAAUGGCGCAACAUCCCAGGGAAUACUGACCCAAACCAGCGCCUCUGGGUUUACGAAUACCGAAGAAAUGACGAUAGUGACUGGGAGAUCAAGUACUCGUAUAGUGAGUUGGAGUUUCAGCCACAGGACUACGCGAUGAUGAACUAUUUCACUUCUACUAGCAUGAAGACUUUCUUCACGCAGAUGGUCGUAGCUGAUAAGAAGAUCAUGGGCGAUGACGGGGAGCUAGUAGGAAAGCUGAGCCUGGCGGCCAAGUCUUUGAAAUGGAAUGUAAAAGGGGAAAAGACCAAGGAAAUCGAGUUCAAGAGCGAAGAGGAGAGGAUAGAUGCGCUUGAGGAGCACUUCGGUAUGAAGUUUGGAGACGCGGAGCGCGAGGGCAUCGCGGGAUUGCCAUCAGAGAUCAAGUAG